AUGGGGACAGAGAACGAGAUGAAGAAUUUUAGGGAUAGAUACCCUGGAUUCGCGGACUUGUUUGAGAAAUCUCUUGACCAACUCGAUGGUAUUGGGAUGAAUCUCCUCGCCGUUCUGGUAGAAAUAGGAUUCAGGGACGUCAUAAUCGUUCUUUUCGAACCAAAACUUGCGCUUGUACGGUACAAACAAUCCCCACCUGUCAUCGUCGAGAGUCGGGUCCGUCACCAUCGUCAUUGUUACCACGAUGUAUUCUAUCCCCCAACCGAUUUCCCCAUAACCGAGACAAUCUCCCGACACUUUCUCUCUCCUCCUUUUCCUCCCAGACCCAACCGGCGGCCCGUUUAUUUUCCCGGCAUCCAUCGGGAAAUUGAGAAUAGCUUUCCUUCCCCUCAUCUUAAAGGCGGCACAAUCGUACGCCCUCGCGGCAUCCAAAUCCGUGUCGUAAGUCCCCAGCCAGACCCGACAACCCUUCCGGGCCGGGUCGCGGAUUUCCGCCGCGUAUUUGCCCCACGGCCUCCUCCGAACCCCCCGGAAUCGCCUGACGGGAAGACGAACUGGGCUCACGGAUGCUCGUUGUGGGCCGGGGCCCGGCCCGUGAAGUCCGGCCCGGUUUGUUUGAGGCCCGAAGAUGAGUCGGACAAGGAUGAAGGGGACUCGAUCGGGCUGCCGGAAAAGGAUUCCGUAGAGGCGAAGCAGUCGUCCAGGAGGUAG